AUAUAAGUAGUAUAUGUUGAGAGGGUGGAAGAAAUCAUAGAGAAUUACUAGCAGUGAGUAAGGAUUCUGCCCAGAGAAACGCAAGAGACAAUAUGGGCAUAUGAAGAGCAAAUCGAGAUAGGAAGUAGAAGAGGAAAUGAAGCACAUCGUGCAAAUGAUUGGCUUAGUGCAAGCUGUACAAUAAUUCAUGACUACUGCUCAAGAUGUCAAUAAUGAAGAUUUCUUCCUGCAUCCAAGUCUUGUCGUUUCCUACAUACUUCGUAACUUCCGAUUCUCUUGUAUAGAUAGAUAUCUUGACUUCAAAGGAGAACAAGUAUAUUCCAACGAAGAGUUUCUUUUUGGCGAUUUCAUUUCACAAAUCUAUACAUUUUUCCAGUGUAAAGAUCUGAUAGUUAAAAACGGUUUGUCUAGCAUGGCAGGCAACACAAACAUACUCAUGGGAGUGAAACCAGUUUCAUAUUGUCUAGUCGUGAGUGCAGAUCGAAUUCUAUCGAUCAUAUUUGCAAUAUGGCAACCAAGCUAGGAAGCUGAGCAUCGCGGUGC